AUGGCCACCAACGAGAAAGCCCCAGAAUUUGAAACCCCAAAGUACGACACCCCAGCCACGGAGGAGCACGAACGAGUGGAAGACGUCGAAAAGUCAUCAUCCCACGCCGGCGACAAGGCCGAGACCGAAGGCGCGUCCUCCGACUACGCCAACGGCGAAGCCAACGAUGGCGUCGACCACGGAAAAGACACGCCGCCCGAUGAAGGCGCAUACGAGAUCUCGGAAGAGGACUGCUACGAUGAACUCGGAUACAGCUGGCCAGAGUGGAAGAAGUGGUACGUGUUGACCAUCAUCUUCAUCGUGCAGGUGUCGAUGAACUUCAACACCUCCCUCUACUCCAACGGCAUCGGCGGCAUCAGCAAGCAAUUCAACGUCAGCGAGCAGGCCGCGCGUGUCGGCGCCGCCAUCUUCCUCAUCACCUACGCCUUUGGCUGCGAGCUGUGGGCCCCCUGGUCCGAGGAGUUUGGUCGCUGGCCCAUCCUCCAGCUCUCACUCUUCUUGGUCAACAUCUGGCAGAUUCCUGUCGCCCUUGCCCCCAACUUCGGCACCAUCCUCGCCUUCCGCGCGCUCGGUGGAUUGAGCUCCGCCGGCGGAUCGGUGACGCUCGGCAUGAUUGCCGACUUGUGGGAGCCCGACAAGCAGCAAUACGCCGUUGCUUUUGUCGUCUUUUCCAGUGUCGGCGGUAGCAUUCUCGGCCCCGUCGUGGGCGGCUUCGUGGAAGAAUUCCUCGCAUGGCAAUGGACCAUCUGGAUCCAGCUCAUCUUUGGCGGCUUCGUGCAAGCUUUGCACUUCUUCACCGUCCCGGAGACCCGCACCACCAUUCUGAUGAACCGCAUCGCAAAGAAGCGCAGAAAGGAGGGCAACCCCAACAUCUGGGGUCCCGAUGAACUUGUGCCGUUCAAAGAUCGCUUCUCCGUCAAAGAAGUCCUCAUCACCUGGAUCCGGCCCUUCCGCAUGUUCCUCACCGAGCCCAUCGUCCUCGUCUUGUCCCUCCUGUCCGGCUUCUCCGAUGCCCUGGUGUUCAUGUUCAUCCAAUCCUUCUCCAUCGUCUACAAGCAAUGGAACUUCACCACCAUCGACAUUGGCUUGUCUUUCAUUCCCAUUGGCGUUGGCUACUUUAUCGCCUGGGGUCUUUUCAUCCCCGCCAUUCGCCGCAACAUCAAGGAACGCCAGGCCAAACCCAACGACGAACGCGCGCAGUAUGAAUCGCGUCUAUGGUGGCUGCUCUACACCGCACCCUGCCUCCCCAUCGGGCUGUUUGGCUUCGCAUGGACCAUUCUCGGCCCGCCGGUACACUGGAUUGGUUCUAUGAUCUUCGCCGCCAUCAUCGGUAUCGCCAACUAUUCCAUCUACAUGGCUACAAUAGACUAUAUGAUCUGUGCCUAUGGCCCCUACUCUGCCUCCGCCACCGGCGGCAACGGCUGGUCGCGCGACUUCCUCGCCGGCGUCCUCACCGUCCCCGCCACCCCCUUCUUCACCAACAUCGGCAAGAGCAGCGGCCUCAACCUCGAGUACGCGUCCACCAUCCUCGCCUGUAUCUCCACCAUCCUCGUCAUCGCCGUCUACCUCAUCUACUACUACGGCCCGAAGUUGCGCGAGCGCUCGCCUUUCGCCCAACAGCUUGCCAAUGCGCGGAAUGAGCAGCAGGGUCGGAGGGUGAGCACUAUCGCGGGAUUGUAUGGUUCUUCUAGGCGUGCUAGUUACGCUUCAGGAACGGCUGCUCAUCGCAACGCCAGCGUUGCACGACAAGGCAGCGCCCAAAGAGGGCAAAAAGGGUAUCCUACUCCGCCGUAG